AAAAAUCAAAUGAUUUAGUUAAUAAUAACAUUAGAAUAAUAAAUGUAAUUUUUAAAAUGUUUGAAAAGUUAGAUGAAAGUCAAUAUUAGAACGAGUAAUACAUAUUUAAAUAUUUUACGAGCUUUUGUAGAAAGCUGAGUAAAAACUAAUUUUCCCUUAAACGAUUUUCUUUUAAUGAAAGAAGAACGUAUUGGAAACAAAAGAUACAUAAGUAAAAAUGUAAUCGAUAAACAAUAAAAACGUAACCUGUGAGUUCUUAUUCUUUGAAUUUUUUAUAGAUUUCUUUUAGUUUUAUAUUAUUACAAAUUUCUUUUAUCCAUCAAAAAAUUUUUCUUAUUAAUCUUACUAAUAAUGGUUGUUUGAUAAUUAAACUAUAUAUACUAAUUAACUAAAAACAGAAUAUGGAUGUUAAUUACAAGAAAAAAUAUUACACUGAUGUGAAAAAUGUAAAACAAUGGUUUUAUUCUACAAAAGAAAGAUGUGAUUCUUUAAAAUCUCAUAUGAAAUAUAUGAAAAUGUUAUAUCAUGAUAUGCCAAAAAUACAAGAAACUAAAAAGACUUUGUGUGAUCCAAAUUGGCAAAAUUGUAAAAUAAGGACUUCUAAUAAUGAUGAAACUAUAGUUUCCAGACAAGUGAAUUGUAAUAAUUCCUUGGAAAAGUAUUCUGAUACGCUAUAUGAUAAGACCCACAAGGAUAAACCUUUGAUAACUUCAAAUUUAGCCAAUAUUUUAUCAGAAAAUAAUCUGCAAAGGAAAGAAGAAGAAAAAGAAAAACAAAAGAACUUAAAUAAACAGAAAGGAACAGAAACUGAAUUAUCUUCGAUUACACUUCAAACUUAUGCUAUUCCACAGAACACAGAAUCAAGAUCGUUACUACCAACUCAGAAAGAUAACAUGGCAUGUGAAGAACACAAUUACAAUUGGCAAUUCCCAUAUCAAAAGCAUCUAACAGAAUAUUCUACAGAAUUGAUAGGAAAUAAUGAAACUUUAACCAAAUCUUUUGAACAAUUAACUCUGGAUAAUCAAAAUAGCUAUUUACUUCAAGAAUCAUUUUCUACAAAAGAUGAUAUUAAACUAAAUAUUUCUGGUAAUGUUAAAGAUGGAUCCGUGGAUAAAAGUAAAGUCUCUACAAAAAACGAAAAAAAAGAAAAAGCUAUUUCUUCAGCACUAUCAAGCAAGAAAGGCUCCUUAUGUAAGCUAGAUGACAUUGUUCCAUUGAAGAUUAAAAGGCGAAGAAAAAAAAUACACUGUUCUAAUUCACGGAGUACUGUAACUACAAGAGAUACAAUUUUUUUAGGAAAAAAGGAUACAAAAAAACGGAAACAAAAAAAUAGUGUAAGUAAUCGACAUACAUUCAAGUCUCAACAAACAUCUAAUGAUGUAGUGGAAAUUUAUCAUAAUACAGCAGCAAAGAGUGGUAGCACAUCUGCUAUUCCUAGUAAACAUUCAAAACUUGAACAUCACAUGAACUAUAUUAACAUAUUAACAUCUUCUGCUAUGAAUAAACAACAAAACAUAUCCAUAAAACCAAAAUAUGAAGAUAAUAAUUAUAAAAAUGUUAGUGAUGUUAAUGUAGAUUGUCCCAAAAAUUAUUCUCAAAGGCAACAUCAAACUAGUCAGAAAACAGUAGGAAGGAUUACAAUUAAUAAUGAUCUAAGUAAUAAUUUGAAAAUUUCAACCAGUCCUGCAUGUACCAUGGAAAAGUACAAUUCGCAUCAGUGUCAACAUGCAAUUAUACAAGCAUCAUAUUGUGACCCAAUAGUUACACAUAAUUAUGAAAUGCCAACUUUAGCUUCUAAAUUAAAGAGGGCCAAUCGUUCAUAUUUUGGUAGAUUUAACUUUCAAAAUAUACCCUUUGUAGUGGGUACUUCUAUAACCCCAAGUCAUAAUUUAGGUUUAAAUAUACAGCAAGUUUUGAGCAUUAUGAAAACAAGGCAAAUUGCUGCAACAGGAGUGACACCUCUUCUUAUUCGUAAAAUUAGCAGAGGUAUGAAGCCUGCAUCUGUUCUCAUAGAACAGAUAAACAAUCAACAGAGUAAACUGUCUCAUAUAAAUUCCCAAAUGAAUAAUAUACAUAUACAGAAAGAAAAUUUGUUUAUGAGUAAAGGUGAUCAUUUAUUAGAAAAUGAAAAUAUGUUUUUAAAAUAUGAUAGGAAAGGAGUAAGUAAUUUAAACGUAAAUUUAAAAUCAAAUAUUGAACAAUAUCAGAAUUUACAAAAAGGAAUUAAUGGCAGUGUAAAUAAAUAUGGGAAUUUUCAUAAGAAAAAGGAUACUAGAUCAGAGAAUCAAUUGAAUACACUGAAUACAAUACUACAUGUAACAGACAAUAAAAUGUUGAAAUUGUUUGCUUCCCAACAAAAUGUAAACAUGAAGAUGGAAAACCCAGAAAUGCAAUCCAAAAUAUAUCAGAACACAUUACAGGGCAAUAUUUGUGAUAAACACAUUUCCAAUACCUCAACAGUUAAUCAUUCUCAAGAUUCUAAAGGAAUAAGAGAAGUUCUCAUUAACCUUCAUGAUCAGUUUGAGGAAAUGAACACAAAAUAUGAAAGAUUACAAGCAAAAGCAAAAAAAUACAGUGAUAAAGAUUUAGAAGAAGAAAUACUACAUUUAGAAAAAGAAUUAAGCAUUAAAGAAGAUGAGAUAAAUGCUGUUGUUAAUUUAUAUAAAGAGGUGAUGUCAUUAAAACAUCAAAUGAAACUAUUACAAAAAAAGAACAGUUAUGUUUGUAUAUCAACUGAAAUUCCAUUGGGAUCAGAUAAAUUGUAUGGAGCUAUGCCAUUUACGUCAACUAAAUCUAAUGGAUCAAAUGGAUCAAAUUUUCAGCAAAGACUUUUUCACAAAAGGGGAAAUAGUGCUGUUGUAAGGGAACCUAUUUCUCUUCGUCUAGCUGGUCUCUUACGGCAAAUUCAAACAUUUCAGAAGCAAUUGAAACUAACAUCAUGGUAACAAUACAUCGUGGAUGAUAUUUAUCACAUUCAACUUGUCUGGCAGCACCCAAUGCAUCGUUGGGAAAUUGAAAAGUUACAUACUUGAGUGAGUCGAGUCGUUCUUUCAACAAGAGAAAAAAGGUACGGUGGACUGUGAUCGAUCAGCGUUAGAGAGAAAUGCCUUUGAGAACGCCAACCACGAGGUACAGAAAAGUACAUUCAAGGUACAUCGAUGUUUAUAAUCGUCCCAAAUGAUAUUUUACAUUGUAUACACAUAUCCUAGUGGCGAACGAAUGAAGAUAAACAAGAUAAAAAGUGAAAACAGGCUAACAAUUAAAUUAAAAGGAGAAAAUAUUUUUACUAGAAUUCUAAUGUAACGAACUGCUUCGUCUUAAGCUACGUAUUUUAAAUCAGGGUGAACUGUUUUAUCGAUUAAUCGUAAGUAACAAAUUGUCGGCAUAUCCGUUAAAAGAAAUCGAUUAAAAAACUUCCAGUAAUGCAAGGAUUAUUUAGCAACGAAGUACGUAAGAAAUACACCUUCGUGUCCUCGGAAAUAAUUAAUAUCCUUCGUAGUACAUGUUUACCAUGAAAUCAAAGAAAAGUUGCAUUUUUAUGGAUGCUUUUUUAGCAGAUUUUAAUAAAAACGCAAGAUCUUGUAUCGCGCUGACAUUACAUAACAACGCAUCGUAUAUUCCUAUUUUUAGACUUCUUUCUUAAAUCGAAUUACCUCUUACGUUAAUAUCAUGCAUGAUUAAAUUGUAUAAUUUGUCACAUUAAAUGGAUCAACUUCUUA